CGACGUGGCGGCGAGGCCGGCGCCGGGCGGCGGAAGUGGCUACCGCGCUGGGACUGGAGUGUUUGUGUUUUGGUUAGCGAAGGAGCCGACGGCCGGCCUGAGGGGAGGAGGGAGGAGGAGGAAGAAUUAGUGGGAACUCGAGCGCCGGCGGCGGCGGAGGAGGAAAAAGCAAAGAGGAAGGCGGAGCGGCGGGAGGCGGAGACGGAGACCAACGGGGGCGGCACCGCGGCACGAGCCCCGCACCGUCCAGUCUGAGGGGAGCGGCGAGACGAGGAGACGCGCCGCCACCGCCGCCUCAGCCUCAGCCUCCUCUCGGGCUCCGCCUGGGACCUGCAGCCGGAAGCUUCGGCGCCGCGGCCUCGCGCGCUGCGGACUCAGGUUUCUCUACCUCCAGAAAGAAAAAAAUUGACACCUUGCAUCCUGGAAGUUCAUUUAAGAGACUGAAAUUAGGGACUUCUUUCAAAUUUGGACAUGGCUAAUCGAGGAGCAACAAGACCCAAUGGGCCAAAUACUGGAAAUAAAAUAUGCCAGUUCAAAUUAGUACUUCUGGGAGAGUCUGCUGUUGGCAAAUCGAGCCUGGUGCUUCGUUUUGUGAAGGGCCAAUUUCAUGAAUUUCAAGAGAGUACCAUUGGGGCUGCUUUUCUAACCCAAACGGUGUGUCUUGAUGACACAACAGUAAAGUUUGAAAUAUGGGAUACAGCUGGUCAAGAACGAUACCAUAGCCUAGCACCAAUGUACUACAGAGGAGCACAAGCAGCCAUAGUUGUAUACGAUAUCACAAACGAGGAGUCCUUUGCCAGAGCCAAAAACUGGGUUAAAGAGCUUCAGAGGCAGGCCAGCCCUAACAUUGUUAUAGCUUUGUCAGGAAACAAGGCUGACCUCGCAAAUAAAAGAGCUGUCGAUUUCCAGGAAGCACAGUCCUAUGCAGAUGACAACAGUUUAUUAUUUAUGGAGACAUCAGCUAAAACAUCAAUGAAUGUAAAUGAAAUAUUCAUGGCAAUAGCUAAAAAGUUGCCGAAGAAUGAACCACAGAAUCCAGGAGCAAAUUCUGCCAGAGGAAGAGGAGUAGACCUUACUGAACCCACGCAGCCAACCAGGAGUCAGUGCUGUAGUAACUAAACCUCCAGUUUAAACUAACUGGAAUGUUCUUCUGCUUCCUAAUUGUUAAUAACAGUGGAAUUGGAGCAUUUAACCAGCCCAGUAUGACUUCCAAAAAGAAGAGACUUACGAUAGUCAAGUUUCUAAUACAGAAUUAUUUUAAGUGUUUUGAACUUAAUUUUUAAUAACAUGCAUGUGACCCUCUGACUAAUGUUUCAGCAGUGAAAGGGGAAAAUGAGAGCUGUGUGUACACUUACUUCCUUGGAAUGUUAGUGGGACUCAUGUCUCUUCACCAGGGAUAUAAACAGAUGACUCUGAACCCAUAGGUAACCAGCCAGUUCUGUGAAAAAGAUUUGGAACUUACUCAUUUGGGCUUUUCAAAAAAAAUUCUUUCUUUGGAAGGAGGUUCUAAAGGUAUUUAUGCUUAGCUACGAUAUUCAGGCCACCUGUAAUUUCUCUUAGUAUCCUUAUUUAAAGUACACAUUCCACAUUUUAACAAAUUAGCCACAAGGAAACAGUCCCACAUCUUCAGGGGGAAAAAAUGAACAUUAGUGGCAUCUAAAUUAUAGCUAGUCCUGUUAUUUUUUAAAUGGGGUAAAAAAAAAAAAAAUCAUAUGUAACCCUGUCUUAUUUUAGGAAUAUGAAAACUGAUAAAAU